UCUGCAUCUUCCUUUGCCGUAUCCUCUCUGCUACCCAUCUCACCAUCAUGGCCAGCACCGUCUCAGGUAUUACAGAUGUUACUAGAGAGGCAUGGGACCCAGCCAUGCAGAAGUGGCUUCCACGCAGCUCAGCUUACAAAGAGAAAAUGAAGGAACUGUCUCUGCUUUCGUUGAUCUGCUCCUGUUUCCACACCCAGCCACAUCCAAACACCAUCUACCAGUAUGGAGAUAUGGAAGUCAAGCAGCUGGACAAGAGGGCUUCUGGCCAGAGCUUUGAAGUGAUUCUGAAAUCACCCUCCGACUUAUCUCCUGAGAGUCCAGUCCUCUCCUCUCCCCCCAAGAAGAGGGACCUUUCCCUGGAAGAACUGCAGAAGAGGCUGGAGGCUGCAGAGGAGAGGAGGAAGAGCCAGGAGGCCCAGGUCCUGAAGCAGCUGGCAGAGAAGCGUGAGCAUGAGAGGGAGGUGCUGCACAAGGCCUUGGAAGAGAACAACAACUUCAGCCGGCUGGCUGAGGAGAAGCUCAACUACAAGAUGGAGCUGAGCAAGGAGAUCCGUGAAGCCCAUCUAGCCGCCUUGAGGGAGCGACUCCGUGAGAAGGAACUGCAUGCAGCUGAGGUGCGCAGGAACAAGGAGCAACGGGAAGAGAUUUCAGGAUAAAGGGCUUUUCUACACAACUAGCACCUGCUUCCUAAUAACUAACAAACAAAUCCCAACACUUUUUUUUUUGUCUAGACAAGGCAACAUCUGAUUUCUCCAUUUCCAUCCCCCCCCCACCCUCCCUCUGGUGUACCAAGCUCCAUAUCUCUAUCCUCUCUGUAUCCUUAACUUGUGGAGGUUCAUAGGGACCGCUCAACAGAAUAGCAACUAGUUCACACACAUUAAAUAUAGAAUCCAUAAACCAGCUUCUCUUUGGGCUCUUCUUCAGAAAAA